CGUUUAGUAUUCAGCACACAAGGCAGCAAGAGAGAGAGAUAGAGAGAGAGAGAGAGAGAGAGUGAGAGAGAAGGGAGGGAGGGGAGCAAAGCAAGAGAGCGAAUGAGAUCGAGCAAAGAGAGAGAGAGAGAGUGCGAGAGAGAGAGAGAGAGAGAGAGGAGAAAAAAAAAGAGGCUGUGAAGGCAGGGGAAAACAGAGAGAGGAGAAACAGAGGGGAGCAGAGUGCGAGAGAGAAAGAGAGAGGGGGAGAGAGAAAAAAAAGAGGCUACCUCUACCAUCCCUUUCCUCCCUCUCACAUCCUGUAGCAUCCCUCCAUCCCAGGCAAUGUCAAACAUCCCUUCCAAUCUGAGGGUGAAUCACAAACCACAUUAAAGACUGAAUGGAAAAAACCCAGAAGAGCCGCUGCAGCCCACGGCGUCCCGCAGGAACUACAUAACCCACAAUUCAACUCUCCGACUGCUCUGACUUUGUUUUAAGGACCAAACCUUUAAAAAAAGACAAACAGACGCUUUAAAAAAAAAAAAAAAACACUCAUGUGUCAUCUUUUCUGAGUUGGCUUCUUUGACCGUCUCACCAUGACAAGAACUGUGGGGCCUCCAGAACGUCUUUUAUGAAAAAGAAAACCAGCCAAUAAAAAAGAAAAGCAUGUGAAAGAAAACAAGUGUCUGCAAUCACAGCUGAACUCCCUUUCUUCUAGAUCCAGAUCGCUUCGCCCAGGAGGACGGAUAUGGCUCGCAAAUCUUUAGACGUAGAAGCCAUUAAAAGCUCUAAUUAAAUAAGUGGUCCAAAAGACCACAAGAGAGAGAGAGACCCCUCAACUCCCCGUUGGCCCCCAUUGGUUCCUCAGAAAUCUAUAAACGAGGCAUCUCCUCUGAUUGGGUCCCUGAGGGAACUGAAUCGGGAAAGAGAGAAAAAAAAAGGCCCACCCUCUCCACCGUGCAAGAUUUUGGGGGGUUUUGGAGUGCGAUGCGGAUUGGAGGAUGUCGGGGGACUGGGAUGAAGACAUGUGCAAGAAGGCGCUGGUGCUGGUGGAGGAGCUGUGCUUCCGCUCCGGAGGAUACAGCCAGAGCGCCAGCUGCCAGGAGUUCAGCUACAUGAUGAGGGGGCGCAACAGCCAGAUAGACUCAGAGAUCUCCGUCAGUCUCCUCUCCGUUAUCGUGACGUUCUGUGGAAUCGUCCUCCUCUCCGUCUCUCUCUUCGUCUCCUGGAAGCUGUGCUGGUUGCCAUGGCGAGACAAAGAAGGUGGAGGUUUGAGUCUGACGGCGGGGCUCCUUCCUGGAGGAGCGAGUCUCACCGGGCUUGGAGGGGGCGGAGCUUCAUCACUCCUGCCCCCACUGCUGCAGAGGAAGGACACGCACUCGUCUUCCUCUUUGUAUCCCUCACUCGCCCAGCCUGGCCAGCACCACCCCCACUUCCCCGACAUGAUGGGGGUGGAGGGUGGAGGGGGGCUGGUGGUCGGGGGAGUGGUGGGGGGUCCUCAGGAGACACAGGAACACUCCUACCUGGACAUGGACUCAUACCCCAACAAUGCAGGGACUCUUAAGCUGAGCCAGACGUCUCCUGAACUUCCUCCAGGAACAGACGGAGGCCCUGCUGCUGCCAAAGAGAUUGCUAAUGCCCACUCUCAGCCGACCACCACAACCAGGCCCAAGCCCAUGACUCAUCAGCUCUCCAGUCCAGAUUUCCAUGGUGAGGAGAAGAGUGAGCAGGUGACCAGCAUUGGCCAGAUCAAACCAGAACUGUACAGACUGCGACAGGGCGAGCAGGGAGACGGGAAGCAAGGCGACACCUGCGGCAAAAUCAGCUUCCUCCUGCGCUAUGCCUUCAACACGGAGCAGCUGGUGGUCAAAAUCCUCAAAGCUCUGGACCUGCCGGCCAAAGACGCCAACGGUUUCUCUGACCCGUACGUCAAAAUCUACCUGCUGCCUGACAGGAAGAAGAAAUAUCAGACCAAGGUCCACAGGAAGACUCUGAACCCUGUGUUUAAUGAGACGUUUCAGUUUGGCGUGCCGCUGGCCGAGCUGCACUCGAGGAAGCUGCAUUUCUCCGUCUACGACUUUGACCGCUUCUCCAGACACGACCUCAUCGGCCAGGUGGUGGUGGACAACCUGCUGGACUUCAGCGAGGGCACCGGCGAGAAACCCAUCUGGAGGGAUAUUGUGGAAGGGACGGCGGAAAAAGCUGACCUGGGGGAGUUGAAUUUCUCACUGUGUUACUUGCCAACAGCUGGCCGACUGACUGUCACUAUCAUCAAGGCCACCAACCUCAAAGCCAUGGACCUGACAGGCUUCUCAGACCCGUACGUGAAGGCGUCUCUGGUUUGCGAGGGUCGCAGGCUGAAGAAGAGGAAAACCUCCAUUAAGAAGAACACACUGAACCCCACCUACAACGAAGCUCUAGUCUUCGACAUCCCUAACGAAAACAUCGAGAGUGUGUCCCUGAUCAUCGCCGUCAUGGACUACGACUGUAUUGGCCAUAAUGAGGUGAUUGGGAUGUGUUGUGUGGGCAGUGACGCUGAAGGGCCGGGCAGAGAGCACUGGACAGCCAUGCUGGCCAAUCCACGCAAACCCAUUGAACACUGGCACCAACUGGUGGAGGAGAAAUCUAUUACCACGUAUUCGAAGAGCGCCACAGCCUCACCGAAGCCACACAUCGUGGUGGACAGUCCACACUCCGAAUAGAGAUGUCAGCAUAAUGUUUCUAGCGCCAGACGUUCAUUCCUUCUUCUCAUCUGUGAAUAAAUAAAUCUCUCCAUCGAAAUGAGACGGAAGCGGCGGAGGAAAGACACUGCUAGCUAACUGUUCGCUAACUACAGACCCACCACACACAGUGUAGAGACCACUCUGAGUAGAAUAGACAACAACACGGAACACACACAUACACAUACACCCUUACACCAACCAGCCAUUUCAUUAAAACCACCUCAUUGUUUCUACUCUACACUCUAAGUCCAUUUGAUCAGGUGCACUUACUUUAUGGAAGCACUUACAUUAUGGUAGUUCCAUAAUAACAAAAUGUAGUUCCACACUUUAGUGUCAAUCUUGGGCUGAGAAUAGUAUAACAACCAGAAAUAUCCAGCCAAAACAUCCUGUAACCAAUAAUGGUCUAGAGGACUGGAGAAUGACCAACACUAACUGUCCAGCAACAGAUCCAGAGCUGCUGUCUCUGACUUUCUAUUUAAUAGAUGGGAUUCUAUCUGAGUGAAUGGGCAUUGUGUUUAAAACCGCCAGCAGCACUGCUGCAUCUAAUCCACACCAUGCUGAGAAUGUUCCACCACCCAAAUAAUAGACUACUGUGAAGUUCUGACCAUUGAAGAAAGGAGGAUAGUAUGCAAUAUGCAGAGAAACAGAUACAGGACUACAGAUUGUAAUUAUAGAACUACAAAGUACUCCUACAUGGUCAGUGGAGCUGAUAAAAUGGACUGUGAGUGUGAGUGAAACUUGGGUUGAUUUUAAGGAAGUGACUGAUCAGUGUAUACACACACACACACUAACACAUAUACAUAAACUGUAUACACACACACACUAUAUAUAAACACCCUUGUCGAAGGGCAUGGUUGCUGUGGUAUGACCUAAGAGACAUUAAGGAUGAUGUAUUGGUUUAUUCAGGGGAACUAUGAUGCACAUUCCCGACAAUUUAAAAAUCUUAAAAAAAACAUAGAAUAUCUUUAUUUAGUUAUUUAAAACUGAGCCUGAAAAUAUAAAAAAGAUUUUUAACUUGCAAAUGUAAUCAGGAGGACAAUAAGACGCCUCACUACGGACCAUUAGGAUGUGUUUGUGGUUUACGCCUGAGCGUGUGUGUGUGCGCGCGUGCGAGCAUGUGAGUAUGUUAGGUUAGCAAGUGUGUUAGCAAGAGUGUGUGUGUGUAUGUGUGAGAGAGACUGAGUAUAUGUGUUGUAGAAAACUCACUCUCCAGUAGAUUUUUGAAUGGGACACACACACACACAUGCGAGUGUGUGUGGCAAAGGACGAGUGGAAACCCCUUUGCCACUCUUUUCUCUCGAGAGGCGGACUACUUUAUCUCUGUUGUUUGGAUCAGGAGAGAGAAGAAAAAAAAAACGGAAAAAAAAAAUUAAAAUAAAAACGAGGACGGACCCAUUGGCCAAAGCAUGUUGCGCAACCUUGAGAUGUGUCCUUCCUGCCUACUGCAUUUUUACCACUUCUCUUCCAGGAGCUCAUUAAGAUAAAUUAAAUUAAUGUAUUUAUUUUUUUAAGCGUUUCAUCAUCCAGUAGAAUCCAUAUCGAAUCCUGUUUUUUCUUUUCGUUUUUUUUUUUGUUUGUUUGUUUUGUUUUAUCUUAAUUUCUUAAUCCAAUCACAAGCGAUGACUGUUCUUGGAGACGGGAACCGGACUAUUUUGUGCAAGAGAGAGAGUUUGUGUGUGUGUGUAUGAGGAAAUAUGUGUGAAUGUGUGUGUGUGUGUGUGUGUGUGAGUGAGUAUGUAUGCUGAAACGCUAAGGGAACAUCCUGGCUGGCUUGAACCCUCCAGAGGACUCUGCAGAAGAGCCGUGAUGGAUUUAAAGCGCUGCCAGAGGACCCUAUCUAGGACGGAGCCGCUCGGACCCGAGCGCACUUGCUGGAAGUGUAUCCUUCAGAGGAAAGGAUUCUGCCAUAGUAUUUUAUUUUUGUACCAUUUCAGGAUGCUUUUUUUCUUUCGUUCCCUUCUCUCAGGCCUGUAUUUUUAUUGUUUGUUUGAACUUCCAAAAACAAGAAAAGGAGAAGAAGAAGAAAAAAAAGAGGACAUAUGCCCACUCCAUCAUCAUCCUCGGAAGGACACACGUGUUUCGUGCUCCUUUUACUUUUCUGUGUACCUACGUGUUUGUGGGAGUGUACUGAUCUUUUUUGUACUGAUAUGCAUUGGUUCGUUUGUUUACUUUGUGUGUGUGUGUGCGUGUUUGUAUGUUUGUUUGUUUGUGCGUAUGCCUGUGCGUCUGUGUCUGUCACCGUGGUCCUGUGUAUGACAUGUUUUGGCGCCUCCCUGUAUCCCGAUUCCCCCCAGAUUUCCGCCCUUAAACCCUGGAAUAUCAGGCUGCAGGCACGAUUAGCACGAUUACCGCUAGCCUAGCGCCACUCUCGCAGCUUACGGACUCCUUAGCCUUUUAAACUCAUGUGCAGAUGAGAAAGUUGUGAUUGGAUAGUUAUUAAUAGGUUAUUUAUUACAGUAGUGUUUGUAGCUAACAGCUAUCUUAUCUAGGUUAGGUAGUUGUCUAACUAAGAUGCAUCACCCUAUUAUCGGCCUAUUACCCUAUUUUUAAACCAAUUUGCCUUAUUCAAAGUGAACAAGGGUGUCAACACGUUAUUCUGACAUAAUCAAAGUACAGAUGCCCACACUGGACAAAGGAGAGCUCAUUGUACAACACCAGGAGUCGCUGGAUCCCAUGGGCACAGUGCAUUUAAGGGCAUUUAGCUGACACUUUUAUCUAAAGUGACUUACAAGGUUAUUCCUAUUACAGAGGCAGACCAAUGUAGUGUUAGGAGUCUUGCCGCAUUCAGUCACCAAGACUGGGAAUUGAACCCCAAUCUCCACAUGAAUUUCUGGGUAAUAAUCUACACUCAAAUUUCUCAUAAAAAUAUUUAUUUGGGUGAAAAAAGUCCUUCUGUUUAUUUACAGUAAGCUCAGAUUUCCAACGUUUUGAUUUAAAUGGUUGAUAAUAGGUUGAUGCACUCUAACUAAGUAAGCUAACUAAGCUGUAGGUUAACAGUAAACAUGAACUAGCAGUAGUGAAAUAUAGCCUGACUAGCUACCUAGCUAUUAUUUAGUUUAGUUUAGUUUUGUUGAUUGAUUUUUUUAAAGAUGCUUUUGUUAAAAAAUAAGUCUAUUAAUAAUUGCUAAACAGUACUUUAGAUCAAUUAAUGUUAGCUAAAGCAUUAAAUUUGUGGCUAAUGGCAAGCGUGUCAGCUAAUUGUUUAUUAGCCACCUAGCUAACAGAGCAGGAUUAGGGGUAGCUAUACAAGCAAGCUAAUGUUACUGUAAGCUAGCAUUUAGCCACAUAUCAAAAUUAGCCACAAUUCAAUCCCUCUAAACACAUGAAAACUAUUUAAUUCUGACAUUUAUUUAACUAGAAAAGUAAUAACAAGUGGAGCUUUAAAAUAGCUACAUACAGUAUGAUUAGAGUUAGCUAAUCAAGCAAGCUAAUGUUAGCCAAAGCAUUACAUUUGUGGCUAACAGUAAGCGUAUCAGCUAAUGGUGGCUAAUUGUUUGCUGCCCAGCUAACCGAGCAUGUUAAAAUAACAGUUAAAAAAAAAAACUGUUUUUCAUAAGGGUUCCAGGAAGGUUAACAUGUAAUGGUAAAAAGUACCAGGAACAUUCUAGAAAAACAUUCUGACAGAAUAAGUGCUUUUAAUUAAUAUGAUAUAAAUGUUAUCAAUUGGUUGUAAGCAUUCCUUCUGACCCAAGCUUAAAGUGAAGCCCUUAAAUUUUAAUCACAGCAUAGGAUUAGAAUUAGCUAAGCAAGCAAGCUAAUGUUAUUGUAAGCUAGCAUUUAAGUUAAUAAAAAAGUAAGGUAAUAUCAAAGUGGAGCUUUAAAUAUAACUACAUACAGUAUGAUUAGAGUUAACUAAUCAAGCAAGCUAAUGUUAGCCAAAGCAUUACAUUUGUGGCUAACAGCAAGCAUAUCAGCUAAUAGUGGCUUAUUGUUCACUAUCCAACUAACUGAGCAGGUUAUAAGUACAGUUAGCACUGUGUUUCAUAAUUGUUAGAAAAAAAAACAUUCUGACAGAAUAAUAUCAUGAAUGUGAUAUAACUGUUAUCAAUUGUUUUUAAGCAUUCCUGCUAACACAAGCUUGAAGUGGAGCUCUAAAACACUAAUCACUACAUAGGAUUAGAUUUAGCUAUGCAAGCAAGCUAAUGUUAAUGUAAGUUAAUAUUAAAGUUAAUAAAAAAGUAAUAACAAAGUGGAGCUUUAAAAAUAGCUACACAGUGUGAUUAGAGUUAGCUUAUGAAGCAAGCUAAUGUCAGCCAAAGCAUUACAUUUGUGGCUAACAGCAAGCGUAUCAGCUAAUGGUGGCUAAUUGUUUACUAACCAGCUUACUCAGCAUUUUAAAAGAACAGUUAGCACUUGUUUUUCAUAAUGUUUCCAGAAAGAUUAGUAAUAAAGUUUCAGGAACAUUCUGGAAAAAACAUUCUGACAAAAUAAUUUUUUUAGGAAUUUGAUAUUAAUGUUAUUAAUUUGUUGUAAGCCUUUCUGCUAACACAAAAAAGCUCUUAAAAAUUCUAAUCACUACAUAGGAUUAGCUUUAGCUAUGCCAGCAAGCUAAUGUUAAUCUAAACUAACAUUCAGGUUAGCCUCUAAACACAGAAAGAUGUUUCAUUCUAACAUUCAAUUAGUAAAGUAAUAACUAUUAAAUCAUUAUUAAAAUUAAAAUUAACUGUUAAGUAAUAAAAUGCUAACACUCAUGAAAAGAUAUAUGAAAAGAAGUUGAUAAAUCCAGGUUGAGAAAGUAAAAAAGAAAAAGCUGCUGCCUAAGGUAGAUUUUUACUGUCUGGACCUGGAUUUAGCACCUUCAUACAUGGAAAUAGUUCACCAUUUUACAAAAUCUACGUUUUCUCUUUUGCACAUGAGUCAAGAGGAGGUGUGAAAGUGGCAGAAUGGGCUGAGAAAGUGGACCUGCAGGCUUACCGUAUUCCCUGACCGCUGAGCCUGAUCCUGAACCUGACCCCACUUUCCGACUUCCUCCCAUGGUGCACUGCGAAUCUCGUUAAAGGGAAACGUGUCUCCUGUCCUGUGUCUUUAGAGGAAGCGUUUCUCCGGUAGGACUUGUCAUCACACUCUGUGCGGACGGUGAAGUGUGAAGUGUAGAUGAGGUUAAUGCACUGCCCCCACCGUCCCUCUGUCCAGCCGUCCAUCACUGGAAAGCGCCGUUAGCUUGCUCCGUGCUCCUGUGUCGGGUGUGUUCUCCUUUUUCCUAAAUGUGCUGUGUAUGUCAGAAAGGAGUGAUAAACGGUGGCCACGGCUGGGAAAGGAAGAAAAUGUUGGGACACGUUUUUUUUAAAUAAUUGCUGUUAAAAGAGAGGAAUGAAACAAAAAAAUAAUAAUAAUCUAAACAAAACAACAACAAACAGCUUAAUUACAUUUCUUUCGCCUGAAUGUGACUACCUUUCCUUUUUCCAGACAUUCCUUACCAACAGAGAUGGAGGUGGAGUUUUUGUUCUUUUCAUUUGUUCACCUUUUGAAGUCAUUGCUGUACUCCCAAUAUCAAUAUAAUAUGUGAAGGUUUACAGAACAUCUAGGUCAUUGAAUUGACCUGACCAUGCUCUGCUUCUAGGUGCAUUUUUUCAUAGCAGUGCGUCAGGUUGGACAAGCUUUUUGUUUACAUUUUCAAACAACAAAAAUCAAAAUGCUGUUUUGCUCUGGUCUGCACAGUUGUGACCUGUUAUCUACCCUAUGUUGCAAUGUCAACCCAAAACUACUACACCUAGGCCUUAAUGAGUGGGCCUAAAUGUGAAAACUCCCUCUGUACAACAAUGCUGAUUCAUUCGGUCAGUUUACCCUCUGUGAGUUCUAGUAGUAAGCAGAGGUGGAAAAAGUACUGAAAAACUGUAAUUAAGUAAAAGUACCUUUACUUUGCUAAAAUUCUACUUAAGUAAAAGUAAAAGUACCCAUCUAAAAAUCUACUUGAUUAAAAGUAAAAAAGUACUCAAUUUAAAAUUUACUUUGAGUAAAAGUUACAUAGUUACUUUUAAUUAUUUGAUGUAAAAAAAUACAACAAAUCCUAAAUUAAAUCUUUUUAAUGAACUAUUAUUCCACAUAAUAAGUUGGACCUUUCAGGCACUAUUUGUUCAGACCACCACAUAAAACAUUUUCAAGAACAAGUGGUAUAGGUUUCUAUGAUCCAUUUUUUUCUUUACUGUUAAAAAGUUAUGGUCAUAUAUGUGACUAUAAACCGUAUUUUGAUAGCAGCUUUAACUGGUAUUUACAUGUUUUUUUUUUUAACAUUCAAUCAGCUUGUUUAAUGAUAAAAAUACUUACCACCGCAUGCUUUCGCAGGUUUGAUGUGGAAGUUUUGAAAGCUGACAGCUCUGUCCGGCGGGGCACAUUUUGCAUUGCACAAGGACGUUAUUCCCACUUCUGGUAGUAAGUUAGCACUAGGCUAAAAACAACAAACUAACAACAAGUGCCAUACCUAGAACUUCCAGAAAGUCAAGAGUAAUGUAUGUAUUAAAAAAAUGGAGGUUCAAAAAGCUUGGUUGGUUCCUCUGGAGGAUCAUUUGUGGCGCAAGGCCUUCAGUUCUCCUCCUGAAUUCCUAACCAAUGGGAAAGCUGCCUCAGGAUACCACAGGGGAACAAUCUUGUCCAACCGUGCAACAGUUGCUAUGAAAAAAUAUACAGUCAGUUUCAUAAGUAUUUGAACAAUGACCCAUCUUUUUUUUACUAUUUUGUCUUAAAAUUAAGCAGUCAAUAUGUACUGAACUGAAAUGUAAGAUUUUAGCUUUAAUUCAAAGGAAUUAGGAAUUAGACACAACUUGUUGUGUAUUUCCUGGUUCAAAAGGAAUUGGUAAUUUGACGAUAAGCAGUUUCAAGGCCAGCUGUGGCCUGUUCUUGUUAUUUCUUGACAAAUGAAGGAAAUAAAAGGUCUGAUAUUGAGUCCAAGUGCUCGAUUUGCAUUUGGUAGUUUAAGGAAACUCUCAAUAUGUGGUCGAAAGAGGUGUGAGGUUGAGGUUCAUUUGGCUGAAUCUAAAAUCAGAGAAAGUAGAAAUUUUUGGAGUGGCCAAAUAAAUAGAAAAAUGGUGCAUUCUUAAACGGAAGAUUAUGAUUCACCUGAAACUAAUACACAUUUUUGGAAAUUGGAUAAUGUUCAGUAUUCACUUGUGUGCAUAAAAAAAUGGUGCUUAUACAGCCAAGUUACAUUGUGAUUAUUUUAGAGGAGAAUUGGUUAAAAGCCCAAGGGAGUAAAAUAAUUAGUUUGUCCAAUUACUUUUAAACCAGUAGAAAAAUCUAAUUUUUAAACAAAUAAUGCCAUAUUGUUGUUAAACCAUUUUAAUUAAAGUCCUACACAUCGUUAUUCCUAAUCCAAAUCAGGCACCUUAAACAGACAAAAUUACAUCAAUUAAGUCCAAAUACUUAUAGACCUGACUGUAGUGUGACCCAAACGAAUGCGAUUGACUCAAUACAGGCGUGAGCAUUUAAUUGAGUAUUAAUUAAUUGAUUGAUUAAAUCAUUAAUUCAUUAUUUAUUCCUGAUUUAAUCCACUUUUCCACCGCACUGUAGAGACUAAUACACUCCUCAAACCCACAGUUUAGCCACUGCCACUGGACUGCUAAUGCAGGCCACCUUUCAGAGAGGACGAAAAUCAGAUGUGUGUGCUCGUAACGCGGUUUACAGCCGACACACACUCACUCACACACUCACACACACUUAUACUGUUAUAUCACUCCAAUACUAAACACCUUAACAUCCAUUCCUCUUUCUCUCUCUCUCUCUCUUUCUGUGCCUGAUUUAUUUUCACCAUCUUAUUUCAGACCCACCUAGAGAGCACUAGAGGCCCACCACAUAACACACACACACUCACACACACACACGGUCCACUCAGGCGUCUCAGAGUGUGUGUGAUAUCAUAUAUCAUCCCUUGUUGUUUUCCAAGAGCCCAUUGAUCCCGUCACACACACACGCGUGGGUGUGUAUCGAUCCAUCGGAUGCUCUCCAGCCUCUCAGGCUGAGCUGGACCAGGACUGAGUAUUCAGAACAAUGACCUCCACUUUAUCUCUCCCUCUCUCUCUAUCUCUUUCUUGCUCUUUGUCUCUCUCUCACACUCUCUCUUUCAUGAGCACAUGUGCUCUCUCACUGGCUCUAUAAAGAGGAAAGUAGAGAAAGAGAGAGAGAGGAGUAAAUAUGUCUCUCUCACUCUCUACCUUUUCCCUUUUCUCCCCUUUUCCAUGCUCUCUAUCCCUCUUUCUUUUUUUCACCAACUUUUUCACGUUUAUAUCUCUCUAACUAUUCUGAUGCUUCUUUUUUCUCUUUGUCUCUCUCUCUUCCUCUCUAUAACUAUUCAGGUACUGCCUCUCUCACCCACCCUUAUUUUUGGCUCUUUCUCCCUUUUGCUCUGAUUAUCCCUCAUUCUUUUUUUCUUUCCUCACUCUUUCUUCUUUCUAUCUCUCUCUGCCUCUUUUCUAAUGCUAUUGCUCUUUGCCACUUUGUAAUCCUUUCUUCCUUUCCCCUCUCUCUUUGUCUCUCUCUCUCCCUCUCUCCACCUAUUUAUCACAGAAUCUGCCUUUCACCCAGUUCUUUGUUUCUUUCCUUUUUUUUACUCUUCCUGUCUUUUGCUCCCAUUAUCCCUCAUUCUUUUUAUUCUUUUCUCCCUCUUUCUUCUUUCUAUCGCUCUCUGCAUCUAUUCUGAUGCUAUUGCUCUCUGCCACUCUUGCUCUCUCUCUUUCUUUCUCUUUGUCUUUCUCUCCCUUUCCUCUCCAUCCCUUGGUUUUCUCAUCCACCCUUGUGUUCCUCUCCCUCUCUCUUUUGCUCUAUUUAUCCCUCUUUUUAUUUUUUUUCUCCCUCUUUCUUCUUUCUGCAUCUAUUCUUAAUCUAUGCUAUUGCUCUUUGUCACUCGUUCUUACUUUUUCCUCUCUCUUGCUCUAUGUAUCCUUUUUCUUUAUCUUGCCAGCUAUUCUGAUGCUGUAUCUCUCUUCCUCCUUUUUGUCUCUCUCUCUUCCCUCCUUUUUUCUGUCUCUCUCUCCUGCUAUUCUAAUGCUAUCACUCUAUGCCACUCUUCUACUCUUUUCCCGUUUUCUUUUUUCUUUCUUCUUUCUCCCUCUCAGUCUUACCCUACUUUUUCUCUCCAUUCCCUUCUGUCCCAUUGUCUAUCUACUGCUUUCUCUCUGUGAGUCUGCCCUCCUCUCUCUCUCUCUUUCUCUCUCCUUCUCUCUUUUUCUCUCUCUCAGUGUCAGUGCAGUUUGAAUGGGGAAAUGUGUUUGCAUGCCUAUAUUAACAUGAAUGAUGUCAACUUGAUGCAAUGAUAAUUAAACAAAUGAAGCGCAAAGCAAAAAAAAAAAA